AUGGAGGGAGGCGUGCUUCUUCGGGGAGCGAUGCUCACGCGCUCGCGCGUGCGUCUCGCUGAGCGAAGUCAGGCGGCUUUCCAGCGACAGUUCGAGCUCUUUCACAGCCCUCUCGUCCCCCUGUCUCCUCCUGCGCGGGCCUGGGGGGCUACGCCUGCGCCGCCGUCUGCCCCCUCUCCUUCUUCUUCCUCGCCUCCCGCCCCGGCCUUUGCCUGCGCCGCACUGCCUCCUUCUUCUGCACCUUCCUCGCGGCUCGUCUGGGACUUUGAGCGUUCGUUUCUCCCGCCGUCUGACGGCGGCGCGCUCGACAGGACAGACCGCGAUGGUGAGGCCGCGCGGGCUGUCCCUGCCGCUGCGGCUGCGUCGGCCCCCUCUGGCUUGGCGUCAGCUGCGGCGGGUUUCGGCGCGCAGCUGCUGCGCGACUUGCAGCGCGCCUCGCUGCGCCUCCUGCGAAAGUCUGAAAUCGCCGCGAAAGCCGCCUACGGCGCCCUCGCGCGGCCCACAGAGGAUGAGCACGUCGCAACGCUCUCAGAAGUAACCAGCGACGGCGCGCUGGAGCGACUCCACCGACAGAUGUGGGAGCACCCGGACGGGCGACGCAUUCUAGAGAAGAAGCCGCUGCUGGACGAUCGCUUCCUCGACUACGCCGCGCUUCGGAAACUUCCGCAACACACGCUCGGCUGGGCGUACAUGCAGUUCAUGGACGGGAACGAACUGCACGCGGGCGCGCGGCAGCCGGUGCGCUUCGUGGACGAUCCCGAGCUCUCCUACGUCCUCACUCGAUACAGACAACUUCACGACUUCAUGCAUACCAUAUACGGCGCUGGCAUUUCUGUGGCGGCGGAGGUCGCGCUGAAGCUCAUUGAGUUUCGACAGACGGGACUUCCGAUGACCUUGUUCGCCUCGGUCUUCGGGUCGCUGGCGACUCCGGUGCUGCAGCUGCACGUUCCGGCUGCCGCGACGGACGGGCGGGUGGUCGGUGCAGCGCUCGCGGGGAAGAUGCGUCGGAUUCAAACGGGGGAAGAAGCCUCCACUUUCUCGAAAGUGAACGCCUCUGUGCACCUCGUGGUCGAGGACGCAGCGGCGGGGCUCGACGGCGCAGAUCGAGAAAGAGAGACCCGCACGGCGCGCGGCGAACGGGUGCUGUACCCGCGCCACGCCCUGCUCACGGAGCUUCUGCCUUGGGCGUGGGCGGCCGCUGAUGCAGUGAAGGUUCCGCUUCAUCUGGUCUACGUCGAGGAGUGGCUCGAGCGCCCGCUGGACGACCUGCGCCGGCACUGCGGCGUCCUUCUUCCUCCGGCGCACCUUGCUCCGCACUUCGCCUUCAAAGUUUAA